AUGGACGCCGCAAUUCUGCAGAUCUUAACUGGGGACUACAGUGAUCCUAACUGUAGUCUUAUAGAACCAUUUCCGGACACUUUUUACGAGAACACUUCGCUUGCUUUGAUGAACCUUGAUGGUCUCUACUGUAACGCGACCACGGAUGAGAUAGGAACUUGCUGGCCAAGGAGCAACUCUGGUCGAAUUGUUGAGCGACCCUGUCCGGAGUACAUAAACGGAGUGAAGUACAACACCACAAGAAGUGCUUACAGAGAAUGCAUGGACAACGGAACAUGGGCUCUGAAGAUAAACUAUUCAAGUUGUGAACCCAUCCUGGAAGAAAAGAGAAAAUACCCAAUGCACUACAAGAUUGCUCUGAUCAUAAACUACCUGGGACACUGCAUAUCCGUGGGAGCUCUGGUCAUUGCCUUCAUCCUGUUCCUCUGUUUAAGGAGCAUCAGAUGCCUUCGCAAUAUAAUUCAUUGGAAUUUAAUCACCACUUUCAUUUUGAGAAACAUAAUGUGGUUUCUGCUUCAGUUAAUCGACCACAACAUUCACGAAAGCAAUGAGCCAUGGUGCCGUCUCAUAACAACAAUCUAUAACUACUUUGUGGUGACCAAUUUUUUCUGGAUGUUUGUGGAAGGGUGCUAUCUUCACACUGCUAUUGUGAUGACCUACUCAACAGAUAAACUCAGAAAAUGGGUAUUCCUGUUCAUUGGAUGGUGUAUUCCGUGUCCGAUAAUUGUUGCGUGGGCAAUUGGGAAACUUUACAAUGAAAAUGAACAAUGCUGGUUUGGCAAGGAACCUGGAAAGUAUAUAGAUUACAUUUAUCAGGGACCCGUAAUUCUGGUACUUAUGAUCAAUUUUGUGUUCCUUUUCAACAUUGUCCGGAUUCUUAUGACGAAGUUAAGAGCCUCCACCACAUCUGAAACGAUACAGUACAGGAAAGCUGUGAAGGCCACAUUAGUCUUGCUUCCUUUACUGGGUAUCACUUACAUGCUUUUCUUUGUGAAUCCAGGAGAAGAUGACAUCUCUCAAAUAGUCUUCAUUUACUUCAAUUCAUUUCUACAGUCCUUUCAGGGUUUCUUUGUGUCAGUAUUUUACUGCUUUCUAAAUGGAGAGGUACGCUCGGCAGCGAGGAAAAGGUGGCAUCGCUGGCAGGAUAACCACGCCCUGAGAGUGCGGGUAGCACGGGCCAUGUCUAUCCCCACAUCGCCUACUCGUAUCAGUUUUCACAGCAUCAAGCAGACAACGGCCGUCUGA